UCUAUAAUGUUUGAUAUCAAUGACAGAAUUUGGAGGUUGUUUUAAAUAAUAUUUUGAAUGUGUAUUUGAAACUUUUAAUUUCAUUUAGAUAUCCAUAUAGGUAUAUCCAAAUAUUAGUAUAUAUGUACUGAUAACAAAAGUUAAUAAAAUGACUACGGAAAAAGAUUUAGUAAAUGCGGUAAGAGAAUCUUUGGAAGCUAGUGGAGAACUUGGUCGUAUAAGGGCUGAAAUGCGAACUGAAGUUUUUAAAUUAUUAGAUAAUUCCAAUUCAGAAAGUAAAUUACAAAAUUCGAAACAAUCUUCUGAUAUUGUUAUCUUUAACGAACUUGUUCGCGAAUAUUUAGAUUGGAUGGGAUUUAAAUAUAGUUCAACCGUAUUUGUUUCAGAAUGUGAUCUUUCAAAACAUCCUUAUGAUCGAACGUUACUAGCUCAAACAUUGGGAAUAAAGGAAACUGAUACAAGUAAAAAGUUGCCCUUACUUUGUGGAAUAAUAGAAACAUUAAAGCAUAUGAAAAAUACAUGAAAAAUUUAUAUAUGUAUAUUAAAGAAGUUUGCUUAGUAGGCACAUUUAUUUUUAUAUCGCAUUUGUAGAACUUAUGUAUGAUUUAAACAUUAGUAUUUGUUAAU